AUGGCCAAUAAAAGCUCGUCAAAUGGGUCGUCUUCAUCUGAUUUCGAUAAGGCUUCGGCUCCCUCGCCAUCUUCUCCGUCGUCUGAUGAGUCAGAUUCUCCACCACCUUCCCCGUCUCUGUCGUCUCAGUUGUCCAAUGACUCAGAUUCUCCACCGGCUCCUCCUCCGCAGUCUCCGCCGCCAUCUCCGUCUCAUUCUCCCCCACCUUCCCCUUCUACGCCGCCACCGCAGUCUCCCUCCCCACCUCCGCCGUCUCCCUCACCGCCUCCACCUCUGUCGCUUUCUCCACCUCCGUCGCUUUCUCCUCCGCCGCCUCCUUCUAGUCCACCGCCAUCAAAAGCUCCUCCUCACUCUCCAUCGGCACCACCCCCCGAACCGCCGCCACCUUCUCCACCACCACCAUCUCAACAGUCACCUCCAUCACAACCUCAUGCCCCUCCUCCACCUUACAUGUCUCCUCCGCCCCCACCAACUGGUUCAGGGCCAAACCAUCCUCCGCCGCCGCUAUCACCACCCACUCCCGCGAGCUCCCAUCCAAAACCAAACGCUCCUUCUUCUAAUAGCCACUCCCCGUCCAAGUCACCAACCUCCAGUGAUAAGACAGGAGAAUACGUUGGUUUUUCUCUCGCCGCUGUUUUCGUUCUUGCCUUAGUUGCUCUAUUACUUUUUUUCAUAUUGAGGAGGAAGAAAAAACGAGGGAAUGUCUAUGAUGUGCAUUACUAUGUAGAGGGACCUGGUUUUGUGAAUGGUGCACAAGAUGGGUUUUAUAGUUCACAGCCCACAAACAAUUAUGGAAAUAGGAACCUUGCAGGUGGCAAUGGCAUGCAUCAUUUAAGAACUCCUUCAGACCAGCAUUUAAGUGCUGGUCAGAUAGUAUUUAGCUAUGACAAGGUUGUGGAAAUUACUAACGGGUUUUCUAGUGAAAACGUAAUUGGGGAAGGGGGAUUUGGGUGUGUUUACAAGGCUUCGAUGCCAGAUGGUAGAGUUGGAGCGGUUAAGCUUCUGAAAGCUGGUAGUGGACAGGGAGAAAGGGAGUUCAGGGCUGAGGUUGAUAUUAUCAGCCGUGUCCAUCAUCGACAUUUGGUAUCUUUAAUUGGUUAUUGCAUAUCCGACCACCAAAGAGUGCUUAUCUAUGAGUACGUUCCUAAUGGGAACCUCGAUCAGCACUUGCAUGAUAUGGUAGUUUUGGAUUGGCCUAAGAGGUUGAAGAUAGCAAUUGGCGCUGCAAGGGGCCUGGCAUAUCUGCAUGAUGGCUGCAACCCAAGGAUUAUUCACAGAGAUAUUAAGUCGGCUAACAUACUUCUGGAUGAUAAUUAUGAGGCACAGGUUGCAGACUUUGGACUUGCCAGGCUAACCGAUGAUGCUAAUACUCAUGUAUCAACAAGGGUGAUGGGGACCUUCGGGUACAUGGCUCCAGAGUAUGCAACAAGUGGAAAAUUAACGGAUAGAUCAGAUGUUUUUUCAUUUGGAGUUGUCCUCCUUGAGCUUGUAACUGGAAGGAAACCUGUUGAUCCAACGCAGCCCGUGGGAGAUGAGAGUUUGGUUGAGUGGGCUCGUCCACUUCUCCUUCGUGCAAUUGAGACAGGUGACUUUGGUGAACUAGUAGACCCAAGGCUUGAACGGAACUACGUUGACAGUGAAAUGUUCAGAAUGAUAGAGGCAGCUGCAGCAUGUGUUCGACAUUCUGCUCCAAAACGGCCUCGUAUGGUUCAGGUGGUAAGAGCCUUAGACAGCGGAGAUCAAAUAUAUGAUCUAACUAAUGGGGUGAAAUAUGGUCAGAGCACUGUUUAUGAUUCUGGCCAGUAUAAUGAAGACAUCAUGAGAUUCAGAAGGAUGGCUAAUGGCAGCUUUAGUGAUUCUGAUUUUCAUAUAUACAGUACAGAAUACAGUUCAAGAGAACAGAUAUCUGGAACCAAACAUGCAAGGAUGCCUUAUAGUACAAGUGGUGGUGAUUCAGAAUUUAGAUCUUUCCACAGCCAAAUGAACAUUGCCGAGCACAGAUCUUGA